GUUUCAUUAGAUAAUGAAUCCAUUAUGUAAUUGGAGUUCAGGCUCACACUGAUUAAUCACGACAUUUCAAUUAUUCAUUGAAUCAGUGAUCUUUUGCACCCCUUUUUUCCCACCUCAUUUGCUGUUGGCUUCUAUUAAUUUCUCUUCUUACUGCUUUAGGAUUUCAUCUUGCCGUGUUCUGAAAUCCUGAAAAUCUUCCACUGCUGGAGACUUUCAUCUGGGAAUUUAAGUCACCUGGCUCCUUGCAAAGCAGCUCUUGGCAUCUCUCUGGUUUGGUGCUUCAUAGCAUUUUCACUGCUUUCCUUCAAGGUAGCUGUGAUGUGAAGCAGCCAGGCAGCCACUCCACAUUUGAGGAGAUUCUUGGUUCAUCUGCUAAACUGAAUUUCUUGAUGGUGUCCCAGAGCCACAGAGAGGGCUGAGUUACCCAACUCGGAAUCUGUCUGUGCAGCUGUGUGCAGACAGCACAGAGAUCAGACGUGGCUGCUGUGUUCUCCUUUGGGUCCUGCUGUUCCUGCUCAGCUCCAGCUCGCAGGUGCGCUUUUAAGAAGAGUAUUGACCAUGAGGAAGCCCACAUGUUAGUCAGUUUUUAACUAAUCCCACCGAAGAAAAUGAAGCCACGUUUCAGCUUUGCCGAUCCUUUUCCCACCACUGUUGGCUGAAGAAGAAAUGGGCGUGUGAUUAUGCUGACACCCCAGCAUGCAUUUGGUAGACCUGUGGUUAACUCGUUCCCUCUCCAUGUGUCUGCUCUUACAAAGUUUUGUCCUCAUGAUACUGUGCUUUCAUUCUGCCAGUAUGUGCCCGAAAGGCUGCCUCUGUUCUCACUCCGGAGGUCUGAACGUCAGCUGUAGCAAUGCGAACCUCAAGGAAAUACCCAGAGAUCUUCCUCCAGAAACAGUCUUACUUUAUUUGGACUCCAAUCAGAUAACAUCAAUCCCCAAUGAAAUUUUUAAGGACUUGCACCAACUGAGAGUCCUCAAUUUAUCAAAAAACGGGAUUGAGUUUAUAGAUGAACAUGCCUUCAAAGGGGUGGCAGAAACCUUGCAGACUCUGGAUUUGUCUGACAACCGGAUUCAAAGCGUGCACAAAAACGCUUUCAACAACUUAAAGGCCAGAGCCAGAAUUGCAAACAAUCCCUGGCACUGUGACUGCACGCUGCAGCAGGUGUUGAGGAGCAUGGCCUCCAACCACGAGACGGCCAACAACGUCAUCUGCAAGACUUCUGUGCUGGAUGAACAUGCGGGGAGACCGUUCCUCAACGCUGCCAAUGAUGCUGACCUCUGCAACCUUCCUAAAAAGACUACCGAUUACGCCAUGCUGGUCACCAUGUUUGGCUGGUUCACCAUGGUGAUCUCGUACGUGGUUUAUUACGUCCGGCAAAACCAGGAGGAUGCAAGGCGGCACCUUGAGUACUUGAAAUCCCUGCCAAGCAGGCAAAAGAAACCAGAUGAAGCCGAUGACAUUAGCACUGUGGUAUAGUAUUCUGAAUACAAUGACUGCCUUUGUGAUGGAAACUAGGUUCGGAUCACACUAAAACCAGAGGUUUACUUCUAACGUUCAUUGUAAACAUUAAGACUUUUGGGUUUUUUUUUUCUGUUAACUGAAUUACGCCACUGUUGAGCUUUCUAACAGAAAGUUUUGUCCGGGUGGUAUACUUUAAUUAUUUCUCUGGUGGUAUCCUAAAGCAAGUGAAUUAAUAUGUAAACAUUAGUUUAGACCCAUUCCACUAUUUAAUAACGAAAUUUAUUUUUUUAAUUUAAAAACCAAAUAAAAGCUUAA